UGUGUUCUAGAAUCUCUAAAGAAUUUUACAGCUUCAUCAGAAUAACAGAAUAUUACCAAGACAACUUUUACUGAAAAAUACAAAAAAAAACAAAUAUGAAAUUCUACAAACGCAACGGACGGGAUUGGGACAUCAUCAUAGCGGUCGAAGGCACUCAUUUCCAGGCUCACAGAUUAGUGCUGCUGGAAUUGAGCCCUUAUUUCAGUGCUCUAUUCACAAGGUGGAGCAGCCCGAACCAAAUCAUAUACACCAUCCCUGGUGUGGCUCCACACAUAAUGGACUACAUCAUCCAGUACGCUUACACGAAGUGGGUCAGAAUCACACGAAAAAAUGUGAAGGAUCUGGCGAUGGCAGCCGAUUAUCUGUUAGUGAAUGACGUCGUUCGACUCUGCUGCAAGUUUAUGGAGAAGCAGCUCUCUCCAGUGAACUGCAUUGAAAUACGAAGGUUUGCCCGUACGUACCACUGGUCCUUGCUGUUUCAUAAAGCAUCUGUACUGGCGGAGAAAACUUUCCCGAGCUGCAUCGAUGCUUUUGUACACAGAGAAUAUUUCCGGACACAUACCACCUUGGCUGGUGUGGCUUACCGUACUAGAGGAAGAUGUCAAAAACCGUACACACGGCCCCACUGUGAGAAACAGUAACCAAGCCUGGAGCUCCACCAGACCAUGCACACAUACAAAUACACACAAAAACAUUAACACACACACCUUUUUCUUUCUGCAUCAAUUUCUUUUUUACUGUAAAAGCUUGUGGUGAUAUUUGGUGCAACUUUGGAGUUUUUAGAGAUAAAGUGCUGAUGUGACACCUGA